UACGGCGCUGCGGAGGCGGCGGCCAUCUUGGCGGCGGAGCGAUGAGCGGGUCGAACUCCAAGGCUGCGGCCGCGGGCUCGGCGGCGGGCCCCGGGGGGCUGGUGGCUGGCAAGGAGGAGAAGAAGAAGGCGGGCGGCGGCGUCCUGAACCGGCUCAAGGCGCGGCGGCAGGCGCCUCACCACGCGGCCGACGCCGGCCUCGGGGCGGCGGUCACGGAGCAGGAGCUGCUGGCUCUGGAGGCCAUCCGGCCCGAGCACGUCCUGCGCCUCAGCCGGGUCACCGAGAAUUAUUUAUGUAAACCUGAAGACAACGUCUACAGUAUUGAUUUCACUCGCUUCAAAAUUAGAGAUUUGGAGACAGGGACAGUGCUUUUUGAGAUUGCCAAACCUUGUGUUUCAGACCAAGAGGAGGAGGAGGAGGAGGAAGGUGGAGAUGUGGAUUUCAGUGCAGGACGUUUCGUCCGCUAUCAGUUCACACCAGCAUUUCUUCGCCUCCGGACAGUUGGGGCCACAGUGGAGUUCACAGUGGGAGACAAACCUGUGUCAAACUUCCGGAUGAUCGAACGGCACUAUUUCCGGGAACGCUUGCUGAAAAACUUUGACUUCGAUUUCGGCUUCUGUAUCCCCAGCAGUAGGAACACCUGUGAACAUAUCUAUGAAUUUCCCCAGCUUUCUGAGGAUGUCAUUCGUUUGAUGAUUGAAAAUCCCUAUGAGACCCGUUCUGACAGCUUCUACUUUGUUGACGACAAGCUGAUAAUGCACAACAAGGCUGAUUAUGCCUAUAACGGAGGCCAGUAACUGCUGCAGGAGUGGACAAGGGAGGUGCUUUGCUGCGGCCCAAGGUCCUGGCACACGGAGGUGGUUGAAGCUGCUGUUUGUCCACGCUCGUCUGGAACACGGCCCAGGAAGCCAAGGCUGGGGUGGCAGUUCCCUGUGCUCCAGGAGAGGUGCCAACAGUACUGUGUUUGCUUCCCCAGUAUUUUUUCUUCCCUUUUUUGCCUUGCCCCUUAGGUUGCAGAGGUACUAUAUAAAGUCAAAGAUUAGGAUAAGGCUCCUGGAAUCCAGAUAAAAAAAGUUUAUUUUCAUGUAGUCAUAGCUGCCUGCUGAUUGUCCUGACUAACCAGGGUCUCUCCAGGCAUAGCUGUGCCCGGGUAGGGAGGCUCUGGUCGGCCUACCUGCAGGUUAGCAGCACUUCUGUAGGUUCCUGGGUGCUGUGGAAAGCUGAAAGGUAGGCCUCUUCCAGGCAUCUCUUCUCACUUCUGGUGUUGUCAUCAGCACAGUCUGACCUCACCCUGUGCAUAGUCCUAAACCAACUGGAAAGAAACUUGAAGGAGAGGGGAACGGAGGGUUGGUGCCAAGAGUUGAGGCACUAGGGAUGGGUAAGGCUGCCAAAUGGAAAGAUCCAGUUUCUGGAGAGGCCUGCUUAUUUGUCUGACUUCCAGGAUCCUCACCCAGUCCUCCUGGGGACACACCAAGGUUUUAGCCUAGCAGUAGCUUCCUGUUCUCAUUUUGGAAGGAAGUUGAGCUUGCUCUGAUUCUCCUAGCUCCUGGCUAUUGGGUAUCUCCUGAAAUAGAAUGCGUCAGUUUUGCUCUUGGGACAGUAGUAUAUCUUGAGGCCAGAGCAGGCCUCAUUGUAUUUUGUUUUUUUUAUUUCUAGGCUUCUUUUUGGGAAGUUUCAUAAAAUGUCAGUGGUGUUCCCAAUGUAUGUGAUGUGCAGUUGGACUUCUGAUAGUGUUAAUCAGGCUCCUGGGGCUAAUCUGGCUCGUGCUGGAGCAGGGUAUGGUUACAAACCAGAGCUCCUUUAAAGGAGGGGUUUGGUUUUCUCUACACAGCAUAGCUGGGAGGAUUGGCUUUUGAUGGGGAUUUGCCUCUGAAACUCUUUGUAGAUUGCUUAUUUAGGAGGAUUUUCAGUAGUUUCUGGAACCAUCUGACAGGGCAGACCUAAGUAACAUGUAUUCUCAUCCUUCAAACUGCUAGUUGGAGUUGUGCUGGGUGUUUGGAAAGGGUGAGACAGGCUGCAGUAGCCUGUCAGAGAGAUGUGUUCUCAAAAGAGCAUGCUCGCACAGCCUGUGGGCUACUUUUGUCCUUGGGCCCUUACUGCAUGGACUGUUGCUGUCUCAGCUGCCUAUGGUUGUCUGACUGUGUGGGUGGCUCCAGGUGCUCAGCCCAAACUCUGUAAGAUCGUUGCUGUGGCUGGGAUUUAGCACUGAUAGAAAAGGAGCAGUGGGAAGGGCCCAGGUAUGUGGUAAUAGUCACUGUGAGGCGCCAAGUAACUGUGACAGGAGAGCUGUCUCCCAGGGUGCUUGGGAGGAUGGCCGUGUGGAGCCAGGGAAAGAAGGGCCAGCACUUUGCUGCAGAAGCCCCUGUGCAUUCACUGACCAGUGUUGCUCUCUGUUUGGAUUCUAGGGCGUGAGUGGCCUUGAACCUUGGCCCAGUGCUUUGUGC